UAAGGAAUACUAACGACUUGAUACACAUGGCUUCAGUGUCCCGGACGCCUUAACAAUAAGCCGCGCGUUAGGAAGGCAGUUGAUUUCCUCUGUGGCGUUCGUAGGCUGUGGAUACUGCGCCAGCCCGCGGAGCAUCCGCUAGGAAGAGGGGCGCGAGAGAUCCACGAGAAGGGGCAGCAAGCCGCCUGAUUGACAGCUAGAAAUCUGAUCUUGUGAAAGAGACGCGGAGCCAAUGGGAGGCAGCGAUCCAUCAGUUUGGAUUGGAGGCCCCUGGAGGAGAAGUAGAGGAAAAACCACCGAAUUGAGCUCUGUCAGAGGCGCUUUCGGCUUCCAAAGGGGAAGUGCUGGGCAAUAAUUAGUGUUUUUAUUAAAUUUGGAGGGAAUUUUUUGCAGCCGUUCGCCUAGCGUGGCCUUCAGUCCCGUUAGGUGCAAAGCAAGUCUCGUUGAUCGCCAUUGCUAGUUUUGCACACGUUUGCGAAUCAGAGCUGCCCGGGGUACACCGACCGCGCAGGGAAACAUCGAGAGUGUAAAUAAAUACAUCGCCUCUUGUUCGGAUAUUUGCUACUGCCGAAAAUAUGUAAAUUGUGAACUCUCUUGGCUCUCUUUGGAUCCAGGUUGAUAGAAGUCCAGAUCCCGAGGAAAUCUCCAGCUAAAUGCUCAAAAUAUAAAACACUCAGCUGAGAUUUGCGAAGAGCAGCAGAAUGGAUGGAUUUUAUGACCAGCAAGUGCCUUACAUGGUCACCAAUAAUCAGCGUGGGAGAAAUUGUAACGAGAAACCAACAAAUGUCAGGAAAAGAAAAUUCAUUAACAGAGAUCUGGCUCAUGAUUCAGAAGAACUCUUUCAAGAUCUAAGUCAAUUACAGGAAACAUGGCUUGCAGAAGCUCAGGUACCUGACAAUGAUGAGCAGUUUGUGCCAGACUAUCAGACUGAAAGUUUGGCUUUUCAUGGCCUACCACUGAAAAUCAAGAAGGAACCCCACAGUCCAUGUUCAGAACUCGGCUCUGCCUGCAGUCAGGAGCAGCCCUUUAAAUUCAGCUAUGGAGAGAAGUGCCUGUAUAAUGUCAGUGCCUAUGAUCAGAAGCCACAAGUGGGAAUGAGGCCCUCCAACCCCCCAACACCAUCCAGCACCCCAGUGUCCCCACUACAUCAUGCAUCUCCAAACUCUACUCACACUCCGAAGCCUGACCGCGCCUUCCCAGCUCACCUCCCUCCUUCGCAGCCCAUACAAGACAGCAGCUACCCCAUGGACCACAGAUUUCGCCGCCAGCUUUCUGAACCCUGUAAUUCUUUUCCUCCUUUGCCGACAAUGCCAAGGGAAGGACGUCCUAUGUACCAACGGCAGAUGUCUGAGCCAAACAUCCCCUUCCCACCUCAAGGCUUUAAGCAGGAGUACCACGACCCAGUGUACGAACACAACACCAUGGUUGGUGGUGCGGCCAGCCAAAGCUUCCCUCCUCCUCUGAUGAUUAAACAGGAACCCAGAGACUUCGCGUAUGAUUCAGAAGUGCCUAGCUGCCACUCCAUUUAUAUGAGGCAAGAAGGCUUCCUGGCUCAUCCCAGCAGAACAGAAGGCUGUAUGUUUGAGAAGGGCCCCAGGCAGUUUUAUGAUGACACCUGUGUUGUCCCAGAGAAAUUCGAUGGAGACAUCAAACAGGAGCCAGGGAUGUAUCGGGAAGGGCCCACAUACCAGCGGCGGGGAUCACUUCAGCUCUGGCAGUUUUUGGUAGCUCUUCUGGAUGACCCUUCAAAUUCUCAUUUCAUUGCGUGGACUGGGCGAGGCAUGGAAUUUAAACUGAUUGAGCCUGAAGAGGUGGCCCGGCGUUGGGGCAUUCAGAAAAACAGGCCAGCUAUGAACUAUGAUAAGCUUAGCCGUUCGCUUCGCUAUUACUAUGAGAAAGGAAUCAUGCAAAAGGUGGCCGGAGAGAGAUAUGUCUACAAAUUUGUGUGUGAUCCGGAAGCCCUGUUCUCCAUGGCCUUCCCAGAUAAUCAGCGCCCGCUGCUGAAGACGGACAUGGAACGUCACAUCAAUGAAGAGGACACGGUGCCUCUGUCUCACUUUGACGAGAGCAUGGCCUACAUGCCGGAAGGGGGCUGCUGCAACCCGCACCCCUACAAUGAAGGCUAUGUGUAUUAACACAAGUGACAGUCAUGCAGGGCCUCCUCGCGCUUCUCCUCUUUUUGCAGGAUGCAGAGAAUCUCCGAGUUCUCUUCGAUCUUUGUUUGAUUUUUGUUGUUUGUAUUUUAUUUUUAAAUAAUAAUACACAAAAAGGGGCUUUCCUGUUGCAUUAUUCUAUGGUCUGCCAUGGACUGCGCACUUUAUUUGAGGGUGGGUGGGAGUAAUCUAAACAUUUAUUCUGUGUAACAGGAAGAUAAUGGGUGAAUGGGUGGGGGAAUAUGGGGAUUACUUUUUACUUAGGCUUGGGAUGGGGUCCUACAGGUUUUAAGUAUGAUGAAGCUAUAUCAUGUUUAUUUGAUUUCAUAACAACAUAAGAAAAUGUUCAUUUUCUCUGGGUAUCUAUGGUACAGUUAAUUCACAUUUGUAAAUAUCCACUUGGAGACUAUUUGCCUUGGGCAUUUUCCCCUAUCAUUUCUGAGUCUCUGCAAGGUGUACAAAAAACAAAGAAACAAAAAAAAAAAAAAAACGUAAAAAACAAACAAAAAAAAAAAAAAAAAAAACGUAAAAAACAAACAAAAAAAAACAAAAAAAAUAAACUACUGUAAAUGGCAGUUUAAUUGUUAGAAAUGACUGGUUUUGCACCUGUUGUAAAAAGGUAUUUAGAGAUCGCAUUUGCUGUUUUUUGUUUUGUUUUGCUUUCUAUCUGACUCACAGAGGAUAACCAUAAAAUGGGUAAUUCUCUCUGAAGGUGAGUGAUCACCAUGACUGUAAAUGAGGGGCACAAUUUUGGACUCUGGCUCCAAACUGAGUCAUAGGCCAGUAGCAUUCCGUGUACCUGGUGCCACCUUGCUGUUUAGACACAAAUCAUACUGUCGUUUAAAUAUUUUGAAGCCCUUUUCAGUUAAAUAAUGAUGUGUCAUGGUCCUUUGAGAUCUCCAUUUAAAUGUUAAAUCUGGGAUCACAGUGAAGCAAAAAAAAAUAUCUAUCUCACUUCCUUCAGUACAUAAAGAAACAUUAUUUAAUCGAUAAGAAUUAACUGUACUAAAUCACAUAUUAUGCUGUUCUAGAUACAGCAAGCACUCCUUAAGAAAAAUAUCCAAUACACUAAAUAGGUACUAUAGUAAUUUUUAGACAUGGUACCCGUUGAUAUGCAUUUAAACCUUUUACUGCUGUGUUAUGUUGAUAACAUAUAUAAAUAUUAGAUAAUGCUAAUGCUUCUGCUGCUGUCUUUUCUGUAAUAUUCUCUUUCAUGCUGAAUUUACUAUGACCAUUUAUAAGCAAUGCAGUUAACUACAGAUAGCAUUUCAGGACAAAAUAGAUGACUCAAACCAUUUAUUGCUUAAAAGAUCGCUUACGCCAUGCUAUGCUAUAAGCAGCUUUUAUGCACAUUGACAAAUGAAGAGUAAGCUUCAGCUUGCUAAGGGAAACUGUGGAAACUUUUGUAACUUUUGGUGAAAUAGAAAAUUACUUACAAACUGUCGAAGAACCUGAGGAAGUUGCUGUAUAUGACAUAGUGCCGGCACUGAUAUUCAUCUUGUUUUAGACACUUGUGUAAAUGUGAUUGGAUUGUUUGAAAGAAGACUUAAAGAUUUAAAGUUUCAGAGGUUUUUGUUUUGUUUGUGUUUGGCAUUUGGAGAAAAUAAUUGAAAGCGGAAUAAGUUGUUUCAUUCACCUUGGACCAAAAAAAACCCAAAAAACAAAAAACAAACCCCAAAAAACCCAACAAAGUAAAUGGUGUUAUAAAUCUUUGAAUAGCUUGCUAAACCAUUCAAACAAGAAGCCUGAAUUUUGUUCAGUCCAUCAAUAUCCCAGAGGAACAACAUUUUUUUAAGCGUCUACAGUGAAAUGUUAAGAAAAAAAAAAAAUCUUAAACACAAAGCCAAAAUGAACCUAUAAAAGUAUUUCUUGACGAGCACAGGAAAGAUUGUUGAAAGAUGAUUUCCUGGCUACCCAUUUUCCAAUGUGGCACAGAUCACAGCCCAUGUAUCUAAAUUGAACAGUUAUUGGGAAACCCACAUACCAUAAUCAAUACUACUCAUAUUCAAUCCUACAAAAAGGCCUAUUUUAAUUUCAACAUAUGUAUGUAACCUGUGACUUCAAUGAUUGUUCUGCAUAUACAUUAUAUAUCAUUUGGCCCAUUAUGGGCUAAGAAGUAUGCCUUAAAAAUGAGAACUUCCCCCCCACUAUGGCCAUUUACAGCACUUAGAGUAAAAACAAAUUUUAAAAUAUUCAGCUAAAGAUUUAUUAGAAAGAGAAUUAACGUAUUUGGAGAAAUUGAAGGAGAAAUUAGAAGUGGGUCUUUAAAAUAUCAUCUAAAUGAAAUUGUAUUGAGGAUUUUUUCUUUUUUUUUCCCCUCUUUUUUUUUUCCUUUUUCUUUUUUCUUUUUAAAAUUCUAGUUCUAAUUUCCCAUUGGGGAAGAAUUGGACUAUCAGUUAUCUUAGGGAUCAAAGGAAGAACUGGUAUUAAUUAUAUAAUAUUUAAGGACAAACUUUUUAUGCUUAAUGUAGUGACUCACAAAACAAAAUGAGUAAUUGGCCAACAUUAAGGAUAUUUCUAAUACAGAAUGGUUCUAAACAUUGCAUUAUAAACUCUUUCGGGAAAUGUAUUCUAAAGAUUUUUUUUUUAAGUUCUGUUUUUAUUCUACUUUUUGUUCGCUUGUGUUUUUAUUUUCAGAUAGAUUAAUAAAUCUGGCAGCUGAUUUCUGCAAGAAUCUCGUGUUUUGAAUUUCUAAAUGAAUUGGCUACUCAAACAUAGAAAAUUAAUUAAAAAUAUAACAUUUUCCUUCCACUGUGUAAAGUAAACUAAAAGGAGUAUCUCCCCUAGUGUUUGCUGCCUCUUGAUGAUGACAUGCUAUUUAUUACCCAACAGACUGAUUCCAACAAAGAAUCAAAGGAUAUUAUAUCCUGAACAACUCAUGAAAAAUGACUUUUCAUAAGUUAUGCCUGUGAAAAAUGCUGAAAAAUAAAAGUCCACAAAGCUAACUGUGCAGAGCAGUUCUCUCAAAUCCUAGAAGGAUUUUAGAGGUCGUUUAUUUGAACCUCCUUUUUCCAGAUUAUUUUAACUUCUUAUAGCUGCUAUAACAAAGUUAAUGGUCUGAAGCUACACAGAUGUAUCCUUUUGUAGCCCUGAAGAUCAGAAAUCCAAAAUGAGUCUAAAGGUGCUGAUAUCAAAGCGUGUGUAGGGCUUCCUGUCACAGGCUCCAGGGGAGAAUCCCAUUCUAACUUCUACUUUUACUUUUGGAGGCUGCUGGCAUUUCUGUCUCCCAGCUCCCAGCUCCUGGCUUCUUCAUUCAGACUUCUGUUUCUAUGGUCACAUCCCUUUGUCUACUAAAGUCUAAUCUUCCUCUGCCUACCUCUUCUAAUCUGUCCCUCUCAAGAUCUUUAACUCGAUCACAUUUUCGAAGUCGGUAUCAUUCACGGGUUCCCGGUAGCUAUGGAGGGGCCCGAGGAGGGUACUGUUACUCAGCUACGUGAUAAUAGAUGAAGACCCUAAUAAAUACACUGAUUGAUUUACCGAUGGGCAAAAAUGUUCUGUUGAUGGAGGUAGGAUUAGAAGUUACUGAAGAACAUUUUUGUUUACCAUUGAAAUAGUUUUACUUGGCAGAAAUGGUACUGAAAGCAUUCUAUUAAAGUUCACCUGUUCCACUAAAGCAUCUGGUAAUUGCAUCAAGCUUUGAUAUGAUUUAAUAACGCCUCAUGUAAAUAUUAUGUAAUUAGAGAAAAAAAGUAAGGUGUGAUAAUUACAGAGUAGUAGCACAGUUAAUUCUGUUGUCCAACCCAGAGUUAUAUUUUUUAAAUAAAUUUCUUUUUGUGCUAGUA